AUGGGAGAGCCCGAAGUGUCCGACCGAGCGCCCUUCGCCAUCAAGAACCUCCUGCCCGAGACGAUGGUCGGCGGGAGCCCCGAGUUGAAGCUGGAGAGAGGCGGUCGCGGGGAGGACGGGCCGUCCGGUGCCGGGAGGUUGCCGGUUCGGGACGUCCCGGGGAAGGAGGCAGAGCGAGACGGAGUGAACGGGGAAGGGAACAGAGACAGUGUCAAGCACGAAAAGCCCCCUUUCAGCUACAAUGCCCUAAUUAUGAUGGCCAUUCGCCAGAGUCCAGAGAAGAGGUUGACGCUGAGUGCCAUUUACGAGUUCAUAAUGCGGAAUUUCCCUUAUUAUAAGGAGAACAAACAAGGUUGGCAGAACUCAAUCAGGCACAACCUGAGUCUGAACAAGUGCUUCGUCAAGGUGCCGAGGCACUACGAUGACCCGGGCAAGGGCAACUAUUGGAUGCUUGACCCCUCCAGCGACGACGUGUUCAUCGGAGGGGCGACCGGCAAACUGCGGAGGAGGUCGACCUCAACCAGGGCCAAGCUGGCUUUCAAGAGGGGAGCGAGACUCGCCUCCCCGGGCUUGGCGCUGGCCGGCUCGCUCUACUGGCCCGUGUCUCCCCUCCUCUCUCUGCACCAAGCCCACCCGGGCCUCGGCGCCGCGGCCUCGUACCCGGACCCGGCCGCCUCCUACGCCGCCGUCCUGUCGCAGCAGCUCGGCGCCGGCGGCGACAAGCUGGCCGCUCUCGACCUGCCCUUCGGCGCCGCCCACCACCAGGUCGCGGCAGCCGCCCUGGCCACCUCCCUGCCCCACGGACUCGCCAUCCCCGCCUCCUACAGACCGUGCUCCGUUAACUUGCUCGCCGGCCAGGCCGGUUACCUCAUCUCACAGUUCCAACACCCGCCGGUGACCGGACCGGCCGCCUCCCUCGGUGGAAUGGGCCCUCCGCUCUUCAAACACAACGAAGAAUUCGUCACGCCUUAUUCCAGCUUUCCCAAUACCUUCCUCCCCAGCCAGACCCAAAACCCUCCCUUCAACCCCCUGGUCCUCUGA